UCUUCAGUUUUAAUUCACUGCAAUACUAGCGCAGUAUCAAGUACACCUUCAGACAAGAAGCAUGGGUUUCAAGAAUAAAGUUGUGAUAGUAACGGGCGCUAGUUCCGGUAUAGGAGCAGCGGCUGCGAUCGCUUUCAGCGCUGAUGGAGCGCGCGUUGUUCUGGUUGGCCGUGACAAUACUAAGCUUAAAGCAGUCGCCGCUAAAUGCACCAACCCCCUCGUGAUCCUCGCUGACCUGUCCAAAGAUGACGACGUGAAACGUAUCGUUGAUGAAACAAUAAAGAAGUUCGGCCAAUUGGACGUCCUCGUCAACAACGCCGGUAUGGCAGUAAUGGCCAGUCUUCUUGAAGGAGAUAUGAUGAAGUCUUACGACACAGUUAUGAACGUAAAUGUUCGCGCCGUCGUUUACUUGACUAACUUGGCUGCGCCGCAUCUGGUAAAGACUAAGGGGAACGUUGUCAAUAUUUCCAGUGUGUCUGGUUAUUUGACACCUUUCACAUCAUCUACAAUUAAUUAUAAUAUCUCUAAAGCCGCUUUGAACCAUUUCACUGCAUGUGCUGCUACAGAAUUGGGACUGCAUGGUGUGCGUGUGAACGGGAUUUGCCCGGGGCCGGUUAGAACCGACUUCUUUUCAAACAAUAAAUACUCUACCUCAUGGGAUGAUCUAUCGAAUAUGACGCAGCUUGGUAGAGUCAGUGAAGCGAAUGAAAUCGCAGAUUUGAUUUUGUACCUGGCGAGUGAUAAAGCCAAGUCGAUCACUGGAUCCAACCACGUCAUAGACUGCGGUACUUUGCUUAAACGCGUGUAAAUUAAUUGUAUUUUCUUAAAUAAAAUUACCUAAAACUUA